AUGACGCCUCGUCGCUCCUCGCGAGCUCGCACCACCCAGCCAUCUCCUGCCCUCCUUCAACACACCAACUCCUCCAGCUCCUCCAACUCCCUCACCCGCGAGCGAAGCACCCGCUUAAACCAUAAAAACCCUUCUCCGCAAGGCUCGUCUGGCCCUCGCUCCCAGUCCAUCGAAGAUACCGAAAACGGCACGAGAGCCGACCUCCCACACACGCGCCAGCGCCAGCGCGCCCGCGACGACGAUGAGGAGCCCCCCGCGAGGAGGACGAGGAAGAUCCCGACGACGAUGAGGAGGAGGAAAUCACCCGGUGUCUCUGAGUACCCUGGCUUGCCGCCUUCUCGUCGCGCCGCCCUCGGUCGCGCCGCCGUCAAGUCAGAGGCGGGCCUUCCACCCACGGAUUCAUCUGAUAUCCUGCCGGACGACAUUGGGAGCAUGUUCAUCCAAUGCGAUUUGUGCAAGGUGUGGCAGCAUGGUGGCUGUGUGGGCAUUAUGGAUGAGGAGAUGAGUCCAGACGAAUAUUUCUGCGAGGAGUGUCGAAAAGAUUUACACAGAAUCCAGGGCGAACCCAAUGGCCAGCGCUCCUCCACCUACCUUCCUGUCGCGCCAGCAUCAUCGCCUGCACCGUCCUCCCGAGCCUCUUCACGAGACACCUCCCGCCGCUCGAGGGAUCCCAAGUCGCGAGGCAGCGAGGGUGCGAACCCCAAGCGGCGAUCAACUAUGAACAGCCGGGACGCCGCAUACGACGAAGAAGAGCUGAUCAGAAGAGCAAUUGCAGAAAGCAAAGAAGACACCAAGAGCAUUGCCGAUGACACAGCCGCGCUACGGACUAAGCGGAGUCGAAGCGAGAGUGAGACACAAGGCUCCAAACGUCCGCGAACCACCUCUCCGUCGCCCACAGCUGCCUCGAAGCAGAGCCUCCCACCCUCCCAGCCUCCGUCCGACGAUGAGUCCAACCUACCGGCGACCAACGGCACUCGAAGACAGAGGGCAGCCUCGCGAGGCCAACGCGAUAAGGAACCUAUCAAGGAACCCGAGGAGCCCGAGCCCGAGGCCCCUGAGACUGGCGCCCGCCGGAAAGAUAGACCCAACCGGCGCAAAGGAGAUGGUGAGUGCCACCCAAGCCCCUCGGCCAGAAGACGUGCCCAUCGUUCCUCACACCCCUUACCCCCAGAAUCCGAGAACGAGCUUGGAUCCCCAACCAAGGCCGCACCACCUCCGCCACCUCCACCACCUCCACCCCCACUACAAACCGAGCCUGAACCGACUCAGGCGAGCCCAAACACCCCCACUCCUCAAGAACCGACCCCUGCACGCCCGUCAACACGAAAAUCCGGGCGUCCCCCAGCUCGGCGCGGUGGCCGAGUCGGACGCAAUCAGUAUACCAAAGACCGAGACGUAAACGGCAAUGGCACCGAGUCCCCACGCCGGGGCCAAUCCCACGACCUCGGAGGCGACUCGCCGCGAGUCGGAUACGUCGGGGUCAACGGCACACACAUCAAUGGCGGGGACACCGGCCGGCCCAGCAAGCCGCGGCACAUGCACCCCCAGCGCACGACGAUGAAUGAAAUGAAGCGGCGUGUGGCCGCCAUACUAGAGUUCAUCUCGCGCAUGCAGGUUGAGAUGGCGGUUGCCAGCCAAAACUCGUCCACGCCGACAGGCAACGGCGACCGCGCUCAGGGCCUGCUGCUGAAGAGCAUGGUCGACCAGAUUGACAGCGCGAUGCCGUCCACGAUCAGUGAUGGUGGCGAGUCCGUUCCGGCGUUGACGGACGGGGAUGGCGAUGCGCCGUCGGUGCAUGACAGAAAUUUCAGUGACUUGAGCAGCAUGGAGAUGAUGGACGUGCUCACGCGCCACCUGCUCAAGUGGCAGCAGGAGUACGGCAAGUUCGGGGAGCGGUAG